GUGAAAUAAAAUAUUUAACAUUAUUCCAAAUUAUUCAAUUUGUGUGUCUACGUGUAAAAAAAUAUUAUAAAAAUGUUAAAUAAUUUAAAAAAAUAUUUGUGUUUGGUGGUUUUGUUCUGCACCGUUUUAGUAUCCGGUCAACAUCAGCACGUUCUGGACAGUUUGCGUUUAAAUGAAUUUUAUGAUUAUGUGGAUCGAUCCUUGCCAAUUCAAUAUUUGAAGAACGGAAAUAGUGAAUAUGCUGCUCUACAAUUGGAGACUCCAAUUAAUUUCUACAGCGAAAAAUAUGAUCAAAUUUUUAUCAAUACAAAUGGCAUACUGACUCUCAAUGUUGAAUUUUCCGACUUUAUUAAUCAACCAUUCCCGCUGGAGUAUCCUUCAAUAGCACCAUUCUAUUCGAAUGUGGAUACCACAGAUGCGAAUUGGAGCUCUAACAUUUCCAUAUUCGAGUCGGUAGAUGGGGAUCAGUUACAGAAGGCGACUGAUUUGGUGCAUUAUGCAUUUAAUGAUCAUGAAGCAUUCCAUGCUGACCGAUUAAUUGUUGGAACUUGGCAAAACGUUGGUUAUUUCGAUCGAAAAACAGAUAAAUUAAACACUUUUCAGGUCGCUAUAAUAGUAAAUAAUGAAGAGACAUUUGUGCAAUUUAUUUAUCCUGCUGGUGGGCUUAAUUGGUUACAUGCUGAAACAGGAGAUCUAGGUUUACAAGACAUACGUGCCCAAGCUGGUUUUAUAUCUGAAGACGGACGUGUAUUUCAUUUGACUGGUUCAGGCACUGAUAAUGCAAGACAUCUAAAUGAAGACUCUAAUGUUGGAGUGCCCGGAGUUUGGGUCUACCGUGUCGGAUCUUUGACUUAUACUGAAAAUGUGCAGGACCCCACAAAUACUGACACUAUAACUGAAUUACCUAUUCAUGAAACUUGUGCUGAUGGCAAUUACAGAUUUUGUCACUCGAAUGCGCUGUGUGUUGACAAAUCUGUUGGCUUCUGUUGCGUUUGCAAAAAUGGUUUCUACGGUAAUGGACACAGUUGCAUUAAAAAUGACUAUCCAAUAAGAGUUACUGGAACAUUGUCUGGUCAAAUUAAUGGUGAAACUAUAGAUGAGCGUUCUAAAUUGCAAUCUUAUGUAGUGAUGGCUGAUGCCCGCAGUUAUACCGCAAUUAACCCGAUAAGUAGUGAACUUGGUGCUAAUAUGCGUCUUGUAUUGCCGAUUGUUUCUACAAUUGGCUGGCUUUUUGCUAAACCAGUUAAUGAUGCUGUCAAUGGCUAUCAAUUGACUGGAGGAGAAUAUUUCCAUAGCUCAAAACUACAUUUUGAAAGUGGUGAAGUUCUUUUUGUAAAUCAAACAUUUGAAGGGUUAAACUACUGGGAUCAGUUGGCAGUAAGAAUUGUUAUACAUGGCGGAGUUCCAAAGAUCAAUCACCGCGCAACGCUACAUAUGGCAGAUUAUAUAGAUGAAUAUAGAUUUGUGUCGCCAAAUGAAUUACGUUCCGUUUACGCACAUACAUUAGAAGUUCCAGAAGAGAAUCGUGUGAUUAACUAUCAAUUGGAGCAGACCAUACAAUUUGAUAGCUGCCUAUUAGAUACAGAUGUCGACCCAACAGAUACAAAUGUUUUGCAAAAGGUUUCAAAAAUUGUUUUAGGUUACAAUGAACGUGAUCAAGCUUUGCGUACUAGUGUCUUAACAAAAAUUGGUGUCGAUGCCGAGUCCAAUGCUUGUACGGAUGGUAGUGUUGAGUGCGGCGAAAACACAGUUUGUGUGCCAUAUGAGGAUACUUAUCGGUGUGAUUGUUUGCAUGGCUAUAGUCCUGCUGUCAAUGAUAAUGGGUUAGAAAGUUGCGUCGAUAUUGAUGAAUGUGCUUUGAACAUACAUGUUUGUGAUGAGAACGCGUUCUGUAGCAACACUGAUGGAGGUUUUCUCUGCGUCUGUUUGGAGGGCUAUGAAGGUAAUGGCUAUAAAUGUUUAGUUAAUGGAACAAGUGACAAUAGUGAAAAUUCAACACCUGUUAAUAUGGAAACUCGCGAGCCAACUCAUAAUGAGCACGGCGUUUAUUCAAAUGAAAGACAACAAAACGAAAAUCAUCAAGAUGAAAGACAACCAGAAGAAAGACAACCAGAAGAAAGGCAACCAGAAGAAAUGCAACCAGAAGAAAGGCAACCAGAAGAAAGACAACCAGAAGAAAGGCAACCAGAAGAAAUGCACCCAGAACAUAGCCAUACAGAUGAAUGUAAUCGUUGUUCCAUAAAUGCUGAUUGUGUUGAAGGACAUUGUGAGUGUCGUUACGGAUUUUCAGGCGAUGGCUUUAUGUGUGGUAACAACUGUGCACACGAUUAUGUUUGGGAAAAUGGACGUUGUGUGCCUAUUUUAUAUGAUACCCACGAUAUUGAACCUCAGUGUAAUUUUAUGGGUGACUGCAACUGUCCACCUAAUUAUGAACUGAUUGAAGAGCAGCAAGUGUGUCGAUUUUCUAAUUAUGCCUUACCUGAUAUGAAAUCAGAUGAGCUAGUGCCUUGCGAUGUAGACUCUAAUUGUCAUGCAAAUGCUACCUGUGAAUGGUAUGAGCACGAAUUACGACACGUUUGUACUUGUAAUCCCGGGUUUAAUGGUGAUGGCUAUAGGUGCGACAUAUUAGAUGAUUCCUGCGCAACUAAUCAUGAUUUAUGUGAUCCUCACGCUGUGUGCAACUACAAUGAAGAUAUUGAAAGAUCUGAAUGUCAGUGCCAGCGUGGGUAUGAAGGUGAUGGUUUUCGUUGUCAAUUAGCACCAGAAUGUGCCGAAGAUUUUGAUUGCGGACAGAAUUCUUAUUGUGAUGGAGGUGUUUGUCAGUGUACCACCGGCUUUGAAAGAGAUAUUUCAGAUUUUUGUGUACCUGCUGGACGAUGUGGAUCUGUGUUCUGUGGCGCUAAUGCAAUUUGCAAAUGGGAUGCUGUAAAAAGCAUACAAUAUUGUGAUUGCAUGGAAGGAUAUGAAGGCGAUGCACUUCAAGGUUGCAAAAGUAUUCCAAUUCCUUGCAAUGUGCGCAAUAAUUGUGGUGUACAUGCUACAUGUGUACCUACGGAAGACCCAGCUAGAUAUGAAUGUCAAUGUAUUGCUGGAUAUCAUGGUGAUGGUUAUGUGUGCAUUGAGGAACAAAACUGUCUGAAUACUCCACAUAUGUGUGACAUGAAUGCCAAAUGUUUGUCUACAAAUACAGGUCUAAUUUGCGUAUGCAAUCAAGGAUUCUAUGGUAACGGAUCAGUUUGCCUCGAGCGACAACAACAUGACUCUGGAUUUUUGUUAGUAAGUCAAGGAGUAGUAAUAGUUCGUGUUCCAUUGAAUGGUAAAAAUGUGCGUCCAAUAUCUGUCGCUUCAAUGGCUAUUGGAUUGGAUAAGGAUUGUGUUGAAGGUCGUGUAUAUUGGGGUGAUAUAUCAGCAAAAAAAAUAGUCAGUGCAAAAUAUGAUGGCACUGAUAUGCGCUCAUUUAUUACUGAAGAUGUAGAAUCACCGGAAGGCAUUGCUAUUGAUUCUAUAUCACGUCGUAUAUAUUGGACAGAUUCAGUAAAGGAUACUAUUGAAGUGGCUAGUUUAGAAGAUCCUACUUUACGUGCAGUAAUUGUUAGUAAAAAUUUAGUGAAUCCACGAGGCAUUGCUGUUGAUCCUUUCAGAGAAAAAUUAUACUGGUCUGACUGGAAUAGAGAAUCACCUAAAAUUGAAAUGUCUGAUUUGGAUGGUACUGGUCGUGAAUUGGUUUUGGGCAAGGAUAGUGUCACUUUACCGAAUUCAUUAGUUGUACUCGAGAAUACUGGGGAAUUGUGUUUUGCUGAUGCUGGUACCAAAAAAGUUGAUUGCAUUGAUGCAUAUUCCAAACAACUACGCACAAUUUCAAAUGAAUUAACCUAUCCAUUUGGUCUUUCCUUCAUGUAUGAUCAAUUCUAUUGGACUGAUUGGACAACUAAAAAAUUAGAAAGUGUUGAUAGUCUUGGUAAACGUCAAAAGGGUAUGCAAACUCCAUUCUUUGGCAGUCAUAAAAUGUAUGGUAUGGCAGCAGUUGAUAAUAAUUGUCCUCAGCAGGGCAGUCCAUGCCAGAUAAAUAAUGGUAAUUGUGCCGAUGCUAGAAUUUGCUUAUCAAAUCGAAAGGCACCAUCUGGAAAGAGUUGUAAAUGUACUAGUCUAUCGAAGACAUGUACCGCUCCACAAUUUGGUAUACAAUAUUAG